UGCAGCAGGUGUCUGGAGAUGGUCAGGCAUGGAGUUCGCCUGGUCUUGAAAGGAGGGAUGUCACAAACGCCGAUGGUACCAGUGCUUGUCCCUCUGGUACUGGAGAAGAAAGUGGAGCGGAAGGCAGUCAGAAUGUCGAGAAGAGGCAGGGUAAGAAGAAGCAUAGUAAAACAAGCAAGAAGAGGCCAAAGCUUAGCAUCAUAUCUGUGGAUGAGGAGCAAGUCAUUGAAUGCUCUUUGGAGACGCAUAGGGGAGACACUAUCGUCUUCAAGUUCAGCGAAGAUGAUCAGCUGGAUGGUAUCGUCUCCAAUCUGACGGUAGCCAAGUGGGUCCAUGAGCAGCAUGCAGGCCUCUUCAAGGAGCAGCUUCUGAAGGUGAUGGAGGAUGCCAAACGUUUGGGACCAGGCUCCCACCUCCAGCCGGGUCCAACGUUGUCUACCAACGGAGACGAUACCAUGCCCAGCCAGCACCUCCAGGAAGGGGUGGUUCCCCCGAGCCCCAGCAAGGCGGUGAACUCGUCGGAUGCCUCCCCUCCCAGCGGGGACGAGUCCCAGCAGCAAUUGAAUGCCCCCCAACAAAGCUUUGAGAUGGUGGUUAGUAAACAACUCAGUGCAGAGACACAGCCGAGUGAGCAGCAGCAGCUGAGACCUGUCGAUAACCAGCACCAACCCCUCAGUAGGAAGAGUAGUAGUCCUCUAACUGUCACUCAGCCUCAGCAGAAUGUUGAUGAGGACAGUGUUGACCAGACUCAUCCCAAACCCAACCAGUCUCCUCCAGCACCGGCACAAGCAGCUGUAGAGGCUGUGUCAAGCCAAGUGCCCGUGCAGCAAGGUCAGCAACUUCCGAUGGAGCUAAGAACACCGCAACCCAUCUAUCCAAACCAAACGGGUGUCCCUGAUCAAGGGAUGAUGCAGGGUAUGCCCAUGAUAGGUACCUACGGUAUGAUGCCUAUGUACACAUCGCAAGGGAAUGUUGUUUUCAUGCCUGUGGCAACACAGGCGGGUGCUCCUGGGAUGUACAUGCACCAGCAGGCUACGCAAGUGUUCAUGCAGCAACAAAUGCCCAUGCAGCAACCGCUCCAGCAACAGCUCCAGCAACAACCGCUCCAGCAACAACAGCUCCAGCAACAACCUCCAUUUCAGCAACAGCAACAGCCAAUGAUGCAGCAGCAACAGCCUGCAAUGCAGCAACUUCAACAGAUACCUCCUAUGAUGCAACAGCAAAUUCCUAUACAACAACAACAGCAACAGCAGCCUCCACCCUCUAGCCAGGACCAAGUUCUACCACAGGUGCAACAGCAAUCGACUCAACUGACUCAGCAAGGAGGACAGCAAGCUCAGAUACCAUCCCAGCAGUUGCAACAAGUCCAACCACCACAACCUGGUCAGCAAGUAGCAACAUCUCUGCAAGGUCAGACCCUCACACAACCUCAACAGUCACAAACUACAGCUGCUCCUUCAAAUGUUGCACCUAUCCAAAGUGUCCCAGGAGGGACCCAGCCGCAACAGUCUCAAGGUAAGCAUGCAAGGGUGACUAUUCAAGAUCUUGCUGAAAAACUUUCCAAUAUAUCCCAGUUACACAAAAAGCCUACCCAACCAGCUAAAGCUGCAACUUCACAAGGGCAACCACCGACAUCACUUCAGCAGCAAGUAUUGCAUGGACAAGGAUUAGCUGGGCAGACAAAUAUACCAUAUCACAAUCAAGUUAGUGUUAGUGUUGCCCAGCAGACCACGCAAAGCAAUAGCCAGAGCUCUGCAAACAUUGUCUUGACUCCUCAACCUGUUCCAAAUAUGUUAGCACCCGUCUUUCACCCAAUCCAAGAUGAAAGGAAAGCAUCGUUGAUGGAAACUCAGAGUCUACCCAUUCAUAGCUUCUUGCCGCGUCCAGCAAGUGAACCUGUUCCAGAUAUGCCAACACCUGUUGUAGAUUCUCAACAAGAAACUUAUAUUGUCACUGAGAAAGCAGAUGAAUAUCAAAUUCAAAAUGAACAACCAGUAAGACCUGUGUCCCCAAAGCCACCAUCUAGCCCAACAAAGAAGUCUCGUUUUCUUGUGUCAUCCGUAGAAGAGAAGAAAGAUGCGGCAGCUGUUACUGAGGAAAAACCAAAAGAAGAGACCAGUGAAGGAGAAACAGGGAACCAAAAGGAUACAGUUGAAGAUAAGUCUUCCAAAGAAACUAUUGUUGGGUCUGCCAAAGACCAAGCACCUGUACAAAAGGAGGAAAAGAAGAAAGGUAGAUUUACAGUAGCGCCAACUCCAAGUACUGUGAAAGAUGCCGUACAAAACGACCAGGUAAAAUCUGGGGAGACAGCAAUGCAGGCAAAGGAAGUGAAAGAUGUGGUCUCACAUUUGGUAACUCAAACUGAAAAGAAUAUUGACAAGGAAGGAGGGGGUGUGGCAAAUACCGUGAAACCGUCUGCAGCUGCUCCAGCAAAGCUUGGCCGUUUUCAAGUCAACAAGGUUUCAGACAAGGCUCCAGUCAUGGAAGAAAAACCAUCUUUCCAACAGUCUGUUCCUGAAACGGUUCCGGCUCAAUCCAGUAAGGAUGAUCCUACACCUGUCGAAAUGGAGAAUGAGAAACAAGAGGCAGAGCAGCUGCCACCACAGUCAGCCACUGCAUCACUUGUGAUGAAGGAGGCAGAUCGGGAGCCAUCCCCUCAGCGAGGAAAUGAUCCCGUUCUUGAUAUACCCAUUGGACCAGCCAUCAGACCUGAACGUAAGAGCAGCCUGAUUGGCAGUGAAAGGGAUACUCCAGACAGUAUUGCAUCUGAUGGAAGCUCGCUUCCUCCAUUGCCACCAGAAGGUCCUACUUUGCAGCCAUCAGGAAGUCUUCUUGGUCAAUCUUUUCAACCAGUCCAGGGUGUGUUUUCCAAGCCUGAAUCACAGAGUACACCCCCUUUAUCAGAUGUUGGAUCAGCCUCUCCAGGACUCCUUGCCGCGACUGAUCUUGGUCCUGUCCAGCCUCCUCAAGCUGAAGCAGUUAGGGAUCUCCAGGAACUGCUCAAGCGACAAGAGGAGGAGAGGAAUAAGAUACUUCAGAAACAACACAGUGAGAUGCAAGAAUUCAUAGCUCAGUACCCACAGACAACACCACCCCAGAGCCCAUUGCUUCUCUAUCAACCAAACAUGUACAGCAUGGUACCCUUCCCCAUGCAAGAAAACUUUGCUCCCCAAGGCAUGUGGCAUCCAAGUAGCAUUCCUAUUCCCUUCAACCACUUCCAGGGGGUUCCUUUCUCGCAUGGACCGGGCUCCGCAUUUGGGGGAUUCCGUCAGAGCAACACCAGCCCACCUACUGUACCAGGCAUGUCUUCCAUAGGAGUCCCUGUGCAGGGACCCGGAGGGAUCGUAACAUACAGACCUGUUGCUAGUGUGGAGAUGCCUGGCCAGGGAGCCAUGCCAGGUGCUGCUCCUGCCAUGACAGGUGCCCAGUAUCAAGUGCCUACCACCAUGCACCCCCAUUUCUCUGGCAGCAAUGAGAUGAUCCAGCAGCAGUCCUAUGCUGGCAAUCAAGGACUCAAAAGGAGUGUCAGUUACCAAUCGGUUGUUCCGCAAGCCAACGCUGCUGCGUUUCAACCGGCGUUUUUCUCCAAUCCCAACCAGGCAAUGGGAACGCCUAAUCCUGAGGCAUUCAUGCCAAGACCUGGAGCUGUGUGGAUGAAUCCUGCAUCUGGAGUUCAGAUCGUGGACAUGAAGGAUCAGCAGUCAAUGCAGAAUGGAAUCAACAGAUCUCCUGAACAGCUCCCUCGUGGGGUAGACAAUACAGGUGUAGCAUUUCCUACGCAGCAUGUUCAUUCACAUCCAUCCCAUGUAAGGACAGGCUCUGGUACAGAGAAAAUAGACUUGACCAAGAGAGUGAUACCAAUGAAUAGUGAGGCAAGUGAAGUAGUCACUUCGAAAGGUUACCAAGCUCGGACAGACCCGAGUCAGGUGGAAAGGAGACUAGAGGAAGCCAGGCCUGGUGGUCUAAACCAGUCAAAUAACCAAAGUGAAAAUGUGGAACUGCAUGGACAGAGUGAAAAUAGGGUUGCAGUUGAUCACCCGACAACAGACCCCAACAGGCCAGCUGAUUAUAAUACAAAUGUGAUUCCUACUGACCAAAAUGUAGCAGCACAGCUUCAGACAUCGGCAUCCCUGCAACAGCAGCAACAGCAAAAUGCAGGAAAGCGAAAAGGGACUUUUGCUGAUGACAAGUUCAAGAAUCUUGCGGACUUGAGUAAACCAACGACAAGACCUGCUUUGGACGAAAGGAAAGUUAGUCUGAAUGACUUGAAACGUGCCCAACAGCAGCAUGACUUGCAGGCCAGUGCGGCAAGGCAACCAUCUGGAACUACCAAAGCUGAUGUUCCCAAGACAUGAGGAUUCAACUUGUGCACUAGAAAUUGUGACAUACAGUUAAAAAAAUAGAUAUUUACACACAAAAAAGUACAAAACAUCAAUAAUCUAAUACUCCAAAGUUGAGGAAAAUAUCACUAGCAACAAAUUAGUAACCUAUUGCACAGUGCUUUCAUACAUAUAUAUAUAUAUAUAUGUAUGCUGCUUAGUUAGUAGAGUGGUCACAGCCAAGAUUACAUCUAUAUCACACCUAGGUGAACUGCUUCACUAUUAUUUUUAUGUAGCAGUAAUUAUCCUGGUCUUAUUCUAUUUAAAGAUUUCUGAAUUCAAGUAAUACAACAAAGCACAAAUUAGCUAUAAAAAAAAAUUUGAAUUAACGUAUGUGUAUUGGAAAAAGAGUGGAAGUGCUGUUCGCACUUGAAUGCUGUGGAAUAAUUUCUCUUUCACACCAGUUCUGAUCGUAAGUCUAUUUUUUGUUGCGACAUAUCACCAACUCAGAUGUCACAGUUUCUUUUGCAUUCCCUCCAAGUGUCGAGCUUCAUCAAAACCUUUGUUAUGAAUAAUGAACUAAUUGGCAUGAAAUGCUUAUGUGUGUGAGUAGCUAAUUUAUGAUUGAAAAAUGGUUUAGGAUUUGUAGAGAAGGAAGACUGUAGACCUGGGGAGUGUUUCAUCAACAUUUUGGUCCGACAAGUUGUCAGAUCUGACUACUUGCCUUGAUUCUGAUUGGCUGAGAGGCACUGUUACUAUGGUAGCUGUCGGAUAAAAUGGGACUUGUCGGAUAAAACGUCCGACAAGUCCUUUCAUGAAACGCUCCCCCGAGAAGUCUGUAGUGUAGUUAUUGAUUUCAUGUAAACUGCCUUAUAUUUCGUUCGGGAUAUGCUGCAUGGAAGCAGCCUCGUGGUCAAUGAAAGAAUGGCGACGGUAGGAAGACGGAGAAGAGGAGGAGGAGAGUGUGAGGCAGGCUUUGAGAAAUGGAAGGUGAAACAGCCUUUAACACACCCAGGUUGCAGCUUCCAUAUAUCACUUUACUAGGUGCUUUGGUGUUGUGUGUAAGUGUAUCUCACUCGUGUCAAUAUAUUUCUAAGAAAUGAAAGCGAAGCCUAAAUAUUUGUACCACCACCACCACCACCACCCCCAGGAUCUGUAAAUAUUCUUUAUGCAAGAGUAUCUCUGUUGUGCAUUAGAAGUCAUUGGCAGACGUUGGUAUGUGGCAAGCCCAGUGUGAAAUAUAUUCACCAUCUAGGAGUGUGGGUUCUAGGAUUCCCCAUGAGGAUAAGAAUAACUAGAAGUCAGAUACACAAUCUCAAGUCAGUCAGUCAGCCAGUCAUUUUUUUUUUACAACUAUAAGCCCCAUAAGUCACAAUAAAUAUCAUUCCAUAUUCUGUCAAAUUUUGUGAUAUUUUGUUUAGAGAAAUACCUUCUAGUGUAGUCAACACCAAUGUUUUCCAAAAGAAAAUGCCUUGUAUGCAUGCUAUCGACUGGUCGACCUGUGGGACAUUGGGUAAUUCUAAGAUUGGUGUUGAGCUCCUGGUGUUGGUGUUUGGGGGAUAUUAACAUCAGCACAGCAGCAAAGUAAAAAUAAGACUUGUUUUGGGGACAAGUCUCGCUUGGUAUUGAGCUAUCCAUAAUGUGAUUUAGACAAAUUUUUGUUAAUUCAGAUUUAAGUUGUUGGAGCGAUGGAAAGCAAUCUAAAUUGUGCUUCCUCCAACGCUGACACCAGCAGCAACGCUGAACUUGAAAUCUUCCAUUGUUCAGGAGUGUUGGAAAUUAAAGGAUAAUUUGUCCCAUUUCGUCUCAAUAAGACUGCAUUGCUGUGGGGGUUAUAAGAAUUGUAACUCGGCAUUUUGAUCAAAAUUCAAUCUUUGAGUCCUUUUGUAGCUAGGACCUAGAUCUUUUCAUCUGAAUAUUGCUUGUCAAAUAUCAAAGACGAAAUCAAUAAAACACUAUAAGCUGGUGGUGACCAUGAUAGGUAGCAACCAUCGGAGAGGUUCAUCUGAUAUGAGUGAUGACGGGAGAAAGCUUCCUUCAUGCCCUAUCGUGAAAUUUUACCUUAUUUUUGGUAAGCGUUUUGUGAGGCUGCAUGGUAGCCAUAUCUGUUUGCUUUUCUGGGCUUUAAUUAUCAAAUAAAGACUUGUUACCAACCUGAAGUUCUCAACUUCAAUACUGAAGGUAAAGGAGUUAAGAUCAUUUUGAAUUUGAAUUGAUUUGAAACAGCCGUAAGUCUAUUUGAGACGGGACCCAGAAUGAAAGUUUGAGAUACAAGGUCUUAUAAUCCCACUGACUUGGAAAAAAGGGAGACCAAUGUUGGUAGCUGCAAUUAGAUGAGACUGGUUCGAUAGGCUUACACCAGACAUUUCUCGUAGAAUAUAGUAGACUGUAUCUGCAGAUGACUGGCUUGCAGAAUCUCUGUAAGAUCCUUGAUAACAAACCAUCCAUUCCACCCCUCUUGCAAACUCUAGCAUGCACACAUACACACUGAUAUAGUCCGUUAUUAGCUCAAUGAAUUUGACAUGAUGAAUUUGUACAUUUUGUAUAUAAAGCAACAAUUGUAUGGCCAUAUAUAUAUAGUUUUGUUGUUGUUUAGUGGGACUUCAAUUUGUGUUAUCAAUGUUUAUCAUUACUGCGUAUAUGAAAAUGUGUAUAAAUGCUGCGUUAUGAGCAGUGCGUGAGAGAGCGUCGGCCACUGCUUAGCCUUGGCCAUGUGUGAGAAAAAACUAAUAUAUUCUAAAAUUUAGAAUAUCAUAAAGAACAUAUUGACAUUUACAAAAAAAAAUUCAGAUGUACGUCCAGUAAAUGUUAGGUAUUAGUUCUAAAAAGAAAAAUGCAUUUUAUUGAGUAUGCUUAGAUUGAUAACCAACUCGAAAACUUUUUAAUGCUUGAAAUUGUUGGCUUCCAUUUGUAAGGAUUAAAAUCACUGUAAUAUAUAUUUAAAACUUGCUUAGUUGUGGAAAAAGUGAAAUUGGUACAUGGAUUGAUUUUGAUUAUCUCUAAUAAUUUGAAUAAAUGGAAUUCAUCUCCCUGGUACUCUUUAUAUUUUUCAAGAUCCCCCAUUUCAGAUCACUUUUUAUGGCACUGUUUCAUCUUGGUUUUUGGUCAGAAACUUUCACCAGCACAUAAUCACAUGACUCACUUCCUAACCUUGUUUCAUAAUACUUAAUAUCAGUAAAAAAAAUAAAGUCAUAGAAAUCUAUGGCAAAUUGCUCUUUACAAAUCAGAUUCCAUGAGAUUGGGUGGUCCUUUUCAGGACCAACAUCUGCCCAAGAAAGAUACAUGGUGUACCGUGAAAUCUACUACACUAUUCUUCUUCGCCAUGGAAACCUUCAGAAGUUAUAUCAGAUUCCAUGAUUUCAGUAGCUUAUAACAGCCUGUUACCUGCAAUCGAUUACAAGUUUUAUGAAACAGGGGCCCUGUUGGCACAUCCAUUCACUAUUCUAUAAUCCAACACUUUGAAAUGUUGUGUCUAGUGGAGUGCAUAGUGAUGAUUUGAUGUUAAACUGAAAAAGAAGAAAAUUUCUUGUAGCAUUGUGUAAGGCAUUGGCUUUGCUUUUCAGAUAGCAGCUUUUAUUUUCAAUGAAGAUUCACAAUAUCAGAAUAGAAAAACAAAAAACAAGUCAGACGAUUAUUCUGCUCAUCUAAGUACCAACAAAUUUUGUUCAAGUUUCUGAAAUACCUGUUUCCCGCUUCUGGGUUCUGUGACAUUGAGAGAUUCAAUUCAUAUACAAUCGAUUGGAACGUUUUGUACAUGGUUUGUCAUAUACUGACAGUUACAGUUAUUGAUCGUAUCAUUUCUUAUGUUACAUGGUCCAGAUUUGGUGUAAACCUGUCAUAUACAUGCUUCUUCCAGCCUUCUGUCGAGGAUUUUAAAAGAAAAUUUUUUUUCUGGGAAGAUAACAUUUAAAAAAAAAAGAUAGAACGCUCUUGUUAGUAUAAAGACUGUCGUAAGAAUGUAUUCAGUAUUUUCUUUUACAUCAUUUACUUUUCUUUGUUUUUUGCAUGAACUAUGUUGUGAUACACCUUCCUCCCCUGACGCAGAUAUAUUAUGAAAUCAGACAGACAUAAUUGGAGAAAUGUUUUCAAUUUUAUUUGCUCAUUCCUGCUACCAUAGGCGGAGCUGAAUAUAAAAUACAAACUCAUCAGGUCGGUUUUAUCCUAUUUUCAUUUCAGUUUCUCGUCGAUAUAUUCUAUAUAGGAUUUGGAAUAUGUUUAUGAUUUGCAUGUCUUGUAAUAAUUUGCAUAAUGUUAAGAUUGAGAAAACGAAAGAGAAAUUAUUUUUUAAACAAGAUAUCCCUUUGUGACAUUCACCCGUGCCUCGUAAGUAAGCUUUUAUAUACAAAAGAUUCAUGAUUUUGUGUUGGCAUUGUGGCAACAGGCUAUAAUUUGACUAUUUGAUAUUAAUUUGACUAAUUAUGAUAUUAACAUAAAGUAAACUCCAAUGCUGUCAUAGGGGAGAAGUGAUCACAUUUCCUAUAUUUUUUUCUUUGUACCAUUUGCUUUCAUGUAAUAUUGCUGUCUGUUUAUCUAAUUUAGAAAUAUUUUGUUGCAUAUACCACCUUUUUUGUUGCUUAUUUAUGAUCUAAUUUGAUAUAGUCGUAUACCUUCAUUGUAUAUCUAUGUAUGGGCAUAUAUUAUUUCUUUUCUUUUCAAUGUACAAAGCACUCUUGAAUAUAAUAUACAAUGAUCACAACAAUUUUUGAUGAAUUUUCAAGUUAUAUUUUCUUUUGACAUUAUGAUAAAUGGUAAAAGUACACAGGUCUUUUGUUGCUGACUUUUGGCAUGACUGAGAAAGUAAACAUGAUUAUUUUGUGCAGUACUACACCCCAACUAGCUUAGGUUUUCCCGUUUGUCCCCACAGUGUUAUGAGUAAUGUUGUGGGAUGUAUAUAAUGCAUUUGUAUUUAUCUGUUCACAUGGAAAUAAUAAG